AUGGGAGGAGUUGGGGAGCUUUUUGCAAGUGCUGCUGUAGGGGCCUUGUUUACUGUGCUGUAUGAGGUUGUUAAGGAUGUCGAGGACAAGACUAUGAUGUUUAGAGAGCUCCUCGGAGAUCUCGAUUCCACGCUAGAAGGGUUAAAGCCGCUGAUCAAAGACAUAGCCAAGUACAAAGAGGUGUUGGAUCAAUCAAACAAGGAACAGCCGGCCUUAUCGGGCGGGGCUGCUAUCGGAACAUCGUUCAAUGUGCUGGAUGAUGUCCUCGAUGAGCUGAUUACCAAGAAUGUAAUUUUUAAGCCCCUCCUCAAAGGCAUCAAAUCCAGGUUAGACUCUUUGGCACCAUGGUUGAAAUAUAUAGAAAAAUCCUACAAGAAAUUGGAUCUAUCGGAUAAGGAACUGGUAAACUUGGAAGUACAUUUGGAGGAGGGCGUAGAGCUCGUUCAGAAGUGCAAAAAGGUUCGAUGGUGGAGCAUGUACAAAAGAUACAAAUACGCCAACAGGCUGAUUGACUGGGAUGGAUCUCUUCAACGAUUUCUGGAAAUACUAAACGUUCAGGGAAUAAGGGAUGUGAAGGAAAGCACGGUUUCGGUGAGGAAUAUGGAGAAGCUGAUCAGCAGAAUUGAAUCGAAUAUGGGGAUACAUUUGGCUGUUUCAAGGGAGACAUUUGGUUCAGUUCCAGAACUUCCACGUGUUACAGUUGGAUUGGAUGAGCCUUUGAGGGAUUUGAAGGAGAUGCUUCUUAAGGACGAUGUCUCAAUGUUAGUGCUGACUGCUACCGGAGGAUGGGGGAAAACCACAUUGGCAACGAAAUUCUGUCAAGAUGAGGAAGUCAAAGAUAAAUUCAAGGAAAAUAUAUUCUUUGUCACUGUUUCGGUACACCCCAACUCAGAUGUAGAAAAGCUAUAUCAACGCAUGAAGUCUCAGGAAGCAGGACAAGAUCCUUUACUGCUGGUCCUGGAUGAUGUUUGGUCCAACUCUGUUCUUCAGAAGUUUGUUGAAUUGAAAUUGCGAAAUUACAAGAUCUUGGUGACAUCGAGAUCUGAAUUUCCAGGAUUUGGCACUCCAUAUAAACUCAAACCCUUGAAUUAUAAAGAUUCAAUGACUCUUUUGCGUCAUUCAGCAGCCCUGGGAGAUAGCUUGUCUGUUCCAGAAGAUCUCCUGAGAGAGAUACUAAAGCACUGUAAGGGAGUUCCGCUUGCCAUUACAGUGACCGGGAACUCACUUAGUGGACAAGCAGCAGAAUCCUGGCUUUCAAGACUAGAAGACUGGCGUAGAGAUUCUAUUCUUGAUUAUGAGACUAAGUUGCUUCUUUGCCUUAAAAGUAGCAUAGAUGCCUUAGGUGACAAAGAGGCUAUCAUCAGGGAAUGUUUCAUGGACCUUGUUUCAUUUCCUGAAGAUCAAAGAAUCUCUGCUGCUGCUUUCAUUGAUAUGUGGUCAGAGUUAUAUAUGCUAGAUGGGGACUUUCGGUCCAUCAAGAACCUCCACGAGCUCGCCAGGAAAGGUCUGGCAAAUCUUGUGAUCACUAGGAAUGAGAAUAUGGCGAUUCUGGAUAACUACUAUAGCGAACACUUUGUUCGCCAGCAUGAUAUGCUUAGAGAUCUGGGUAUCUACAUUGCGAAACUAGACCCAAUAGAAGAUAGAAAAAGACUGAUUGUCGUAAGUGGACGCAAUCAACCCAAGUGGUUGAGGGAGCAGAAGUCUCAACCCAUCAAUGCUCGCCUAUUAUCUAUCUCCUCUGAUGGAACGUACCCAACACAAUGGCAGAGUGUUCAUCUACCACAAGUUGAGGUUCUAGUUUUGAAUUUUAAGACAGAGAACAAUGCCUUACCUGAAUUUGUGCAGAAAAUUGACAAACUGAAGGUUCUAAUAGUCACAAACUAUGGUUUAUCACCUACUGAAUUGAGUAAUUUUUAAUCUUCUGGAAUCAUUAUCAAAUCUGAAGAGAAUCAGAUUAGAGAGCAUUUCAAUUCAUCAUCCAUAACCAAGAACUGGGUACCAUUGAAGAGUCUAAAGAAGAUAUCGUUAUUCAUGUGUAAUAUGGGUCAAGCUUUCCACAAUUGUUCCAUCAAAAUUUCUGAUGCCUGGCCAGGUCUAGAGGAAAUGAAUAUCGACUAUUGCGAUGAUUUGGUGGAACUGCCUGCCGAGCUCUGUGAUCUUGUUCAUAUGAAGGUGCUUAGUAUCACCAACUGCCAUCAGCUAUCUUGCUUGCCUGAAGAGAUCGGAAAUCUGAAGAAAUUGGAUGUAUUGAGACUAAGGUCCUGUACAGAGUUGGUAAGGCUUCCGGUUUCAAUUGAAAACCUCACUAAGUUGCGCUGCCUUGACAUGUAUAAUUGUUUCGGCAUUAGGAAGUUGCCUGAAGGCAUUGGUAAGAUGAGAGGUUUAAGAAAGAUCAACAUGGGACAAUGCUCAAGAUUGGAGGAGUUGCCUCUAUCAGUGUGGGAUCUUGACGAGCAGUUAGAGGAAGUGAUUUGUGAUGAAGAGAAGAAACCUUUCUGGGAUUCCUUCUUAGCCAGAGACAAAAUCAAGGUGACAAAAGAAAAAUCCAGUCUGAAUUGGCUCGAAAAGCCUCAGUUAUGAGACCUGUCUUUCCUCAAUAAAUGUUGGAGCAACAUGUUUCUGAUUUGUGUUGCAUUGUUUUUCUCAAUAAAUGUUUCGUUCUUGGUUCUGUCCAAUUUCUAUGUUUCAUCAUAAGAGUUUUUGUAAUACUAUUUAUUUCAAACU